AUGGGCGCAACUGCAAGCAGAAUCGGAGCACUGGCACAAAAUGCAGCAAAGGAUUAUGAUUUACAUCUUGUUCCUUGGGCAUCUAUAGCCGCCAACGUCUCCAGUGAUGCUACAAAGGUACAGAAUGCAAUGGAGGGCAGUGCAUUUUGUUUCCUACCUCUUCCAGCAAAGACGGAUUUACCAGUGCAUGUGAAUGGAUACUUCGAGCUUUCAUCAAAUCGUCGUGACAUUUGGUACGGUCAGGAUAUGGAUAGAGGUGGAAAACUACGGUCGGACUGGAACGUGUGUCUACUGGAGGAUGUAGUUGCUUCUGCCUUUGCACAAUUGCUGCUCGAGGCUUCAAGGCGCCUUGGACAUUCUUCUCUCUACUAUUCCUUAUGGCCCACUGGAAACUUCUCUGAGCCGUGGCUGACUUUGGUCACGCGCCUCUUUAGUAGUGUAGCUGGACUGCCAGUGCUGCAUACUCCAACCGGAGGGGAUGUGAUUGAUGAAGAAGCAGCUGCCGUUCUUCAAGGAUUACCUCUUGUACCGUUGUCAGAUGGUGGAUGGGCAGUGUUUGGAAGAAGAGGCAAGGGCAACGUCUUUGUAUGCAAUGAACUAGAAUGCAAGAUUUUUCAAAGCUUACCUAGCAAGGUUGUCUCCAGGAAGAUUCCCGGGAUGGUCCUUAGUAGACUCGAGAGCAUAGCUCAUCUCUCUAGCACCAAUCUUUGUCCUCUUACCGAGGUUUUUCUGUUGGAAAUGCUUCCCUACUUAAUGCCAGCUGAGUGGAGAAAUCAGGACGAAGUUGAGUGGAGUGCCAACGAAUGUCGAGGAACUUCGACACCUCCAUUCGACCAUAAUCUCCAUGAUUUGGAAUCCGUAGAAUUUGCAGGUGGGAGAUCGUUCGGAAAGUAUGGGAAGGAUUGUUGGCCACCGUAG